AUGCGCUACACACGGCUCGCUCGAGCAGCCGUCGAGACCACCUCGGCCUCUGCCGCCGCUGGUAGUGCCUCCUCGUCCUCUUCGUCCUCCUCAUCUGCUCUACCACGGAAAGCGCGCAUCGCAAUCGUUGGCGCAGGCCCCUCGGGCUUCUACGCUGCUUCUCGCCUUCUCUCCCGCGUCCCCUUCUCCCCCUUGGAUCCCCCCGCAUCCCAGCCGUUGCGCAUAGACAUCUUCGACCGGCUGCCCGUCCCGCACGGCCUGGUGCGGUACGGCGUCGCACCGGACCACCCGGACGUCAAGAACGUCGAAAACAAAUUUGCCACUGUCUCGCACGAUCCCAGGUUGCGGUUUGCGGGCAACGUCAAUGUGGUUCACGCGGCCUCUCGAGACGCCAGGGAUCCGUAUCCUCGCGCGGUGCAGGUCGGGUUGCAAGAGCUGUCGCGGUACUAUACGCACAUUUUGUUUUCGUACGGUGCGUCGACGGCGCGCAGCUUGGGCAUUCCCGGAUCAGAGCUGGGGGAGCUGGCGGGUGUCUAUUCGGCGCUCGAGUUCGUCAACUGGUACAACGGACAUCCGGCUUCGCACGACCCUUCGUUGGUGGCCGAGCAUUUCCACAUCAACCUGGCGGACAAGCAUCACAUGACCGUCAUCGGUGCUGGCAACGUCGCCCUGGAUGUAGCGCGCAUCGUGCUCCGCUCUUCCACGCCGUUUCUCGAGUCCUCUGCACGCGUCACAUCCAACAAGGCACCCGGCUUGGCAGCACUCGAAGAGACCGACGUCCCCGAACCCGUCCUCGCUCAACUCGCACGGUGCAAAAUCCGCGACGUAGACAUUUUUGCCCGCAGAGGCCCUGCACAGCUCGCGUUCACCAACAAAGAGGUGCGCGAGAUGCUCGCCCUCGAACGCAUCGCAUUCCGACCACCGGACAAGGAGCUGCUCGAUCGCGCCGCCGCACAGUUGGAGGAUCUGGCAGCGUCCGAGGCUAGCGCUGAAGCGGGGCGCGCCAACGAGAUCGCGUCCGAAGUGCGCGUCAAGAAGCGGCUGCUCAGCUUGCUCACCAAGGGGAGCAAGGCCAAGGCUGACGCGGGAGACGUCAAGACGUGGGGGCUCAACUUUUUCCGUUCCCCUGCCAGGUUUCUGCCCAGACAAGAUGGUGUUGCAAGUGCGGUGGGUCGUGUAGAGUGGAACGUGACGGCUCUGCGGAGUGGACAGCCGACAGCGAGCAGCUUGGAUGCAGCCGAUCCGAAGAAGGCUGCAUGGGGGGCGGGCGAUGCUGCGCCUGUCUCUGGCGCGGCGAGCGCUGCUGCUACGGGAAAGACGGUCAGCACCACGACCGACAUGGUCGUUUCUUCCGUGGGAUACCAGAGCGAGCCGCUUUACCCUCCCAUUUCACAGCCUCCCCAAGCGCUAGUGCAAGACGGCAGGCUCGUACAGCUUCCCUUCGACCCAGCUCGCAAAAUUGUCCCCAACGUAGGGGGCCGCAUCAUCGACCCGUCCACGCAGAACCCGAUCCCAGGCGCGUACGUCAGCGGCUGGCUAGCCCGCGGUCCCAACGGCGUCAUUGCUACCACGAUGAUGGAUGCCUACAGCGUGGCCGAUGUCAUCUUGGCUGAUCUGCACUCGGAACCGGCGGCAGCAGAGGUGCAACUCGGCAAGGAUCUGUUGGAGACACUGACAAGAGAAAACAGCGGUCAAGUGGUUGGGUUCGACGGGUGGAGGGCGAUCGACCAAGAGGAGAAGAAAAGGGGGCAGAAGUUGGGCAAGAUCAGGGAGAAGAUUCUGACCGUCGACGAGAUGCUCCGAAUAGUCGGCUGA